AUGAGCGCCCAGCUGCUCAAGUCGUUUGUGCUCACGCACGACGAGGAGGUCGCGUUCGGCGCCCGCGCCCGGCACCUCCUCCAUACCGCGUUGGCCGCCGCGCCAAAGGCGACGCCGACCCUCGACAAGAUGGGCCUGCGUGUCUACAAGGACGACAUCAAGAAAGAGUACAUCUGCACGGGGCUCGUCCACGCGAGCCUUCGCGACGUGGCGUAUGCGCUCUACACGGACUGCACGCGUGACGCCAAGACCGUCGCCGCGCUCCUGCUCGGCAAGGCAUACCAAGACGCCGCCGUCCUGCGCGCGCUACUGACGCGCACGGACGCGGACCCGUUUCAAUUUUUUGGCGCCAAACUCGUGUCCAUCAACAAGACAGGAAUUUUCGGCAAGCCCAAGGAGCUCGUGUACCUUGAGUACUCUGGCACGUACGUACCGCCGGGAAGCGGCUCGUCGCCCGUGCUCUACCAGAUUCUCGAGUGGGUCGAUAUGACGCACUACCUCUCGCCGGCCAACGUGUGGCAUCGCGCGAUUCGCCCCGCGUGCUCGAUGGUCCACCUCUUUCGCCCCGUGGCUGGCGACGCCCGUGUCGUGUCGCUCCUGUCGCAAACGACGUAUGCGCGCGAGGUGCCCGUUUACCUCCGCAACCUCAACACAACCGCUUCGUACUGUGACCACGUGCAGCAGCUCUCGACACUGCCGGCGUCGAGGCGGCUCUUGGACGGCAACUGCCUCGUUCAGCACUGGGUGCCCGAGGCCAAGGCAUGCAGCGUCUGCGCGCUCUCGUUCAAGGCGCUGCGACCAAAGUACAAUUGCCGGUCGUGCGGCGACGUCAUGUGCUCCAACUGCACGCACCACCUGCAGGCACCGACAACCGUCAACAACGCGCCAGCGCGAGGGCCCGCCCCCGUCGGUGGCGCAAGUACCGGCGCCGCGGCCACUUGAGCGUGUUCCGACGUUUCUCUACACGGCCACUGACGACAAUGACAAGGAGGUGACGAUGACGAGUUGUCAAGACCUCCUGUCGCAACGGCCAGCGAACGACCAACUGCAGGAGACGUUUGCGCACAUUGAGAAGAAGCUCGCGGAACAGAGCUCUCUCUUGUCGUCGAUGCGCGACGUGAUGGAGCGAAGGCGGCAGUCGCUCGUGUCGUCGUCCGUGUCCGGCACCGAGUACGACUCGUGUGCAAGCUUUGAUCCUGACAGUCUCCUCUCACUCGG